AUGUCAAAACAAGCCAGCAAUGCCACUUCCAUGUCUCCGCGCAAGUCAUUGACAUAUACUCCCAAAAGGAACUUUGUGCUCAGGACGCCAACCUCGAAGCUUGCGUACACAUGCACCAAUGCGUCCGAUUUGAUUUCGCCUACCAUCCCAAUAAUUCUGCCAAAAGAACUUUCAGUUGACUGUUCUCCGGAGACGGACGCUCUGUGUCUUGAUGCGCUUCCAUCCUUUGAAGAUAAUAAUGCAGACGGCGACAACGCUACUUUCCUGGCUUCCACCGUGGCCCGUAGCAAAGGUUACUUUCAAGAGUCUCUUCUUCUCCUGAGCCAAGAUCUUUCUCCCCCAUCAAUACCCUCUUCAAUUGGCGACUCCGAACAACAGAGUGCUCCUUGCUUGAAGGAAAUCUUAUACCAGACCAUACCAGCUGACCUUUGGGCCCUCGUUUCAUCAACCGCCAUUAUUAACUAUUCGGAAGACACCGAAACGCUGCGGGUCACAAUCGGGGGUAUGGAACCUCCCUCUCCUGAAGAAAUGAACUGUGAAUUUGGGUCUUGGAAAGACGAUACAAAGGUUUCUAGUCUGGAACUUGUUGUUACAGACUCCGCCGACCUUUUUCAUGUGUUUGCUGCAAAACCAUACAAAGCUGUUUUGUGGCUUCUGCAUUGGUUCGAGGCCGUUUAUGGGGAUACAAUUCAAUCCAUUUCUUUGAAUUUCCCUAUGAGUCUACACGUGUCAAGUAGACCUAAUGUAGAGGCUUUGAUAUCGGCUAUAGCCCUUGACAACGGUUCUGUUAGGUCGUCCGAGGUGUAUCCAAAGCUCAAAUCGCUGCAAUGGACAGGCGACGCGCGCCUACUGCGGCCACUGGUGCCAACAGUCGCAUCACGGAGCAUCGAACAACUCACGGUAAUCAGCGACAUAACCACUUACGGUGCCCAAUGGUUGCUAAAGUAUCUAACCACUUCGAAACUGCACACGUUGGAGCUGCGGUCAUUGUCACUAGACUUUCAUCCUCGAUCGCAUCCGUCGUUCGUUUUGCCACAUCUAGAAACGUUGAGAAUUGGCACUGCUUUCCCACUUAAUCCUUUGAUGGCUCAAAUUCAAAUGCCACGUUUGCGUUCUGUGUCUCUUGUUCUUGAUUCUGAAUAUAGUUCAAAACACGGGGGAUACGAGCCUCUAAGCUUGUUGUUUGCCUUUUUCGCUGACCCUAACGUAGGGAGUAAAAGGCUUGUAUUCGUGGAUGUUCAAUGUGGCAUUGAACCUGAAAAACUGGACCAUGUUGAGGGUUUAAUUGCACAACAUGUAUCGCCUGACGCAGUUAUCGUUGUGUGUUAA